GGUGGGGCUGGAGAAGAAGGCUAACUUGACAGCAGCGCCUCUUUCCUAGCUAGUCACCGGCCCCUGCCCAAGAAUCCUUGUGUGUGUAGCCUCCGCAGAGAGGUGCUUCUCCCGAGUCCUGAGGGGCCAUCCAGCCUCCAAGAACUGGGAGGCAGCAUCCCAGCCAUGAGCCCCUGCGGGUCUCUGCUGGGGGGCAAGGGGCCCGGAGUGCUCACACCUCUCCGGCCCCUCCAGAGGGAGAGGUGAGCCGGGCAGCCAGCCCACAGCCAGCGGUGCCGGAGCCCCGGGCCUGUCAUGGUGGCCGUCUGCCGGCUAGAGGCCCUCCCAGACGGGUUUGCAGCUGAGCUUGUGUAUCUGAUGUGGGAAGAAGAUGGGGAGUUACUUGUCCGUCCAGGCUUACUUCACCUCCAGAGACCCCUUCCGAUGUUCUGAAUGCCAGGAUUCUCUCACCAACUGGUACUACGAGAAGGAUGGGAAGCUUUACUGCCACAAGGACUACUGGGGGAAGUUUGGGGAGUUCUGCCAUGGAUGCUCUCUGCUGAUGACGGGGCCUGUCAUGGUGGCCGGGGAGUUCAAGUACCACCCAGAGUGCUUUGCCUGUAUGAGCUGCAAGGUGAUCAUUGAGGAUGGGGACGCAUACGCCCUGGUGCAGCACGCCACCCUCUACUGUGGGAAGUGCCACAACGAGGUGGUGCUGGCACCCAUGUUUGAGAGGCUCUCCACAGAGUCUGUCCAGGACCAGCUGCCCUAUUCCGUCACACACAUCUCCAUGCCGGCCACCACCGAGGGCAGGCGGGGCUUCUCCGUGUCCGUGGAGAGUGCCUGCUCCAACUACGCCACCACCGUGCAAGUAAAAGAGGUCAACCGGAUGCACAUCAGUCCCAACAACCGCAAUGCCAUCCACCCUGGGGACCGCAUCCUGGAGAUCAAUGGGACCCCCGUCCGCACACUCCAAGUGGAAGAGGUAGAAGAUGCGAUUAGCCAGACGAGCCAGACGCUUCAGCUCUUGAUUGAACAUGACCCCGUCUCCCAGCGCCUGGACCAGCUGCGGCUGGAUGCACGGCUCUCUCCCCACAUGCAGAAUGCCAGACACUCGGGCACCCUCAGCCCCCUGGACACGAAGGAGAAUCUGGAAGGGACGCUGAGGAGACGCUCCCUAAGGCGCAGUAACAGCAUCUCCAAGUCCCCUGGCCCCAGCUCCCCAAAGGAGCCCCUCCUGCUCAGCCGUGACAUCAGCCGCUCAGAAUCCCUCCGCUGUUCCAGCAGUUACUCGCAGCAGAUCUUCCGGCCGUGUGACCUGAUCCACGGGGAGGUCCUGGGAAAGGGCUUCUUUGGGCAGGCCAUCAAGGUGACACACAAAGCCACAGGCAAAGUGAUGGUCAUGAAGGAGUUGAUUCGGUGUGAUGAGGAGACACAGAAGACUUUUCUGACUGAGGUGAAGGUGAUGCGCAGCCUGGACCACCCCAACGUGCUCAAGUUCAUCGGCGUGCUGUACAAGGACAAGAAGCUGAACCUGCUGACAGAGUACAUCGAGGGAGGCACGCUGAAGGACUUUCUGCGCAGCGUGGACCCGUUCCCCUGGCAGCAGAAAGUCAGCUUUGCCAAAGGCAUCGCCUCUGGAAUGGCCUAUUUGCAUUCCAUGUGUAUCAUCCACCGGGAUCUGAACUCGCACAACUGCCUCAUCAAGCUGGACAAGACCGUGGUGGUGGCAGACUUUGGGCUGUCACGGCUCAUAGUCGAGGAGAGGAAGAAGCCCCCAGUGGAGAAGGCCACCACCAAGAAGCGUACCUUGCGCAAGAGUGACCGCAAGAAACGCUACACGGUGGUGGGAAACCCCUACUGGAUGGCCCCUGAGAUGCUGAAUGGAAAGAGCUACGACGAGACCGUGGAUGUCUUCUCUUUUGGGAUCGUCCUCUGUGAGAUCAUCGGGCAGGUGUAUGCAGAUCCUGAUUGCCUGCCCCGAACACUGGACUUCGGCCUCAACGUGAAGCUCUUCUGGGAGAAGUUUGUCCCCACAGACUGCCCCCCAGCCUUCUUCCCCCUGGCCGCCAUCUGCUGUAGACUGGAGCCUGAGAGCAGACCAGCAUUCUCCAAACUGGAGGACUCCUUUGAGGCCCUCUCCCUGUACCUUGGGGACCUGGGCAUCCCGCUGCCUGCAGAGCUGGAGGAGCUGGACCACACUGUGAGCGUGCAAUAUGGCCUGACCAGGGACUCGCCCCCCUAGCCCCGGCCCAGCCCCCUGCGGGGGGGCGUUCCACAGCCAGCACUGCCCCCUCUGCACCCCAUCCCUGCUGUGGGCAGGGCCUUCUGCGCUUCCUGUGGAUUGGCAGCUUGUUUAGAAGCAGAACCGGCCAUCCCUACUACCUCCCCAGGAGGCGAGCGGGUGCAGCACCGGGGAAACCAUCUCCACAGGUUCUGGGGCCUGGUUACUGUCUGUAAAUCCAACACUCGCCUGAAAGCUGUGAAGAAGAAAACAAACUAACAAACAAAAAAAAAGCCUGGUUCCCAUGCCAGGAGGAAUCUGUUACUCAUGACCACUCGGGAACUCCCUGGCAGUGGAUUCCGGGAGGCUCUUGCUUACACUAAUCAUUGCGACCUGGACCUGCUGGGCAGGAUCCCAGGUGCACCUGCCUGUGGGCUCUGAAGCCUCUGGUCCAGCUGGUGCAGGAGGACUUCUCUUGGGAGCGUGGCCAAGUGAGCAGCCAUCCAAGGAUGUGAAGUGACAGUGGUGCUACCCCCUUCCACUCCACAUCCCGCCCUCCCCUGGGCAGGGUCAAGGGAGUAGGUUUUGAAGGGUCCCUUAGUCGGUUUGUAGUGGGUCCGGCCAGGAGUCAGGGGAAGGGCUGGUUUCUGUUCACCUUCCGGGCCCAGGGGCCACAUCAGCUCGAGGGGGAGCUUCCCCCCGUGUUCUCAAACUGAGCUGCUGGAGACUGGCUGGGAACUUCCUUUCUGCCUCCCACAAGCAGUCAGCUACAAGUGCAGGAAGAGGCUGGGGCUGGAAGGAAAGAGGCCCUGCCCGCCAGAAAGCUCUAGUAUCCUGGCUGCUGUCACUCACACCCUGGUGGGCACCUCAGGAGCCUGGGAUUUUGCUAGGUGGGUUCUGGAGGGCAGUGUGGCUGGUCGCAGGCCCAGUGUAUGGGGCGGGGUGCUGGGAAUCUCAGCAGUCUCCCGGCCCUGUCCUCGUGGCAGCCGAUGCUCACCCCUCACUGUGCCUGAUCCAGGCAGCAGCUUGGGUGGCAAGAGGUGGUGGCAGAGUCCCAGAGCGGAGGUGCUGGGGGGGACAUCUCCCCGAGCCGGGCUCUCUGGCUUCUACCUCCCAUGUUGGCUGGCCCAGCUCAUGAGCUCCUGGCCCCAGCCUCCUGACCACAGCUCACAGCUGUGGGUGCUGAAAAGCCCAGGGGACACCCUCUACCCUGGCUUCCAAGCUGGGGUGGGGGUCUUGAACACAAGUAGAUUUGCCUCCCCGUAAGUGUGACCUUGCACCAUAUUUAACAGAUUAGGAGUGGGUUUGGGAUCUUACUGCGAUGGUGGUUAUAUUGGGGGUGGGGGGAGGAGGCGGGUGGGAGUGAUGCAGGAGAACGGUUGCUGUUCAGACUAUCUUGUUAUAUCUGUGGGGUGUUAUGUGAAAUGCUGUACAUAGACCUGAUGAGUUGUGGGACUAGAUGUCACCUCUGGCCAGAGUUUCCUUGCUGUCUAGACCAUACUUAAGUGUGGAGUGUGCAGGUUCGCUGUAGGGUCGAGCCCUGGGCUCCCGGCAGCGGGAAGGCCAGCAUGUGUGGCUGGUGGUGCCUCAGUGGUCCCCACAAGUGUGGGGCGGUGGGCCCAAGCGGGGCCAUCGAGCAGACCAAAUAAAUUAAGCAGUUAACAUAACCGAC